GUCGAUUCCAAUCCGACCGUCACAAUUGUCCGCCUAAAACUCGAGCGUUUCGCGCUUUCAGAAACAAGUAUCCGAACUCAAACUUUCUCUUCUGAGCGUUUCGUUCGCAAAGUAAAUAUCCUCUGAGAAGUGUUUUCCCUGCAAUCCGAAAAUAUACGCUCGUCUUUCUCAAUCAAUCAUCCAUCACGCUCUAGCGAGAGGUUAUUUUUUAACCCUAACAACAAAAUGUUUACCCGAAACCGACGCUUCCUGUCCUCUCCCGAGAAGAGGUCUUCCGUUUCGGAAAAUUCAAGCAAGAAGAAGGUUACUGCGGUGAAGGAUCAGACGGCAAAGAAGCGUCCCGCUCUCGCCGAUGUAUCCAAUAACAGAAGGGCCUCUUUCUCUAAGCCCAUGGUUCCAUGUGUGUCCAAAACUGCCAAGACAAAGAAGGCUGGUUUGCAGAAGAGAGGCACUUUGCAAGCCCCAUUGAGUGAAAAAUCAAGUCGACUGGUACUUUCCAAAGAGGCACAUUCGACCAAAAGUGGUGAAUCCAAGGAUGGAGUUGAAUCCUUCGUUGCCCCAUUCAUUGAUAAAGUGGUUUGUGCUCCGGGGUGGACGGACAUUUCUCCAAGUAAAUCCUUUGGCGGCUCUGUUUCACAAAGUGAGAGCAUGUCAACCAGGGAUUCCUUAAGUUUGGAAUUUGAAUAUGAUAAUGUCAUAUCCACCAGAUCAAUUGAGAAUAGGACAUUUAACAUUCUCAAUAUUUCAGAGUCUUCAAAAAUAGCAGGGAGAAUAUGUGGUAGUGAUAUUGAUACCAUCCCGAAGAUAGAAGCAAAUGGAGUUGUGGAUAUUGACUACAGCAUCAAGGACCCACAAUUCUGUGCAUCCAUUGUCCAUGAAAUCUAUGAAUAUUUGCGUGCAUCAGAGAAAAUUAAAAGGCCGUCUAUGGACUUCAUGGAGAAGAUACAGAAAGACCUCAACCCUAGCAUGCGCGCAAUACUUAUUGAUUGGCUUGUGGAGGUUUCCGAAGAGUAUAAGCUUCUACCUGAUACGCUAUAUUUGACAGUAAACUGCAUUGAUCGCUAUCUUUCUGGCAAUGCAAUGAACAGGCGACAAUUACAAUUACUUGGUGUUGCCUGCAUGCGUAUUGCCAGAAAAUACGAGGAGAUAUGUGCCCCUACGGUGGAAGAGUUCUGUUAUGUAACUGAUAAUACAUACUCUAAGGAGCAGGUGUUAGGGAUGGAAUCUGAUGUGCUGAAUUUCUUGAAGUUUGGAGUGACAGUUCCUACAGCUAGAUGUUUUAUGAGGCGCUUCAUUAUUGUUGCCCAACGAACUUGUAAGGUUCCAUUGUUGCAGUUAGAGUAUUUCGCUGAUUAUCUUACAGAGUUAUCUCUUCUCGAGUAUGGCAUGCUUAAGUACACCCCAUCGUUAAUAGCUGCAUCCGCCACUUUCUUGGCUAAAUACAUCCUACUUCCUAGUGAGAAACCUUGGGUAAUGUAUCACAGGAAACCUAUUUAAUUUACUGAGGAUUAUUUUUCAU